ACCUCCCUGAUGACGUUUGUGGCGCCAGAAAUCAAGGGCUGGAGCGGUGCUACGAUGGCCUGUCAGCAGGCGCGAAUCCGCGUCUAGCUUUUCUAUGCGGAUGACGUUCAACUUUACAUGAAUUUGAGUUCUGUAGUGACCCGCCGCCCGUCAUUAGUGCGUUUAUAACUUUGGACUGCAGUCAACAUGGUAAUCUUACGCAGCAGCGGCGGCGGCGGCGGCGGGGUUGGUCAACCAGUGGCUUCAACUCCGAACAGGCGGUCGAUGGAGUUGGACACAAGCUCGGAGUUUCUCUCUCUUGUUCCCGCGUUGCAGAGAAAAUCCGGCCGGUCAACACGGACCUCCCGCUCCCUGGACGAUAGCUUCAGCAGCCCGGAACACAACCGUGUGAAUGGAGAUGUUGAGCAGGAGACAGGAAGCGGUUUCCGUGAUUUUCCAAAGACCAGAAGACGACGAGUCAAACUAGAGGUGUCCUUUUCGGACAUGGAACCAAAGGCUGGAGGCUACGUCACAAGGAAAUCCUCCAGGCUACAGAGGGAAGGCCAAACAUCUUGCAACAAACUGCAAGGAGAUGUCCCAGAUGAACUAGAGGGGACUUCCACUCCGAAAAGAAGCCGAGUUAACCUAAGGAGCCCUGACGACGAGGACGCACACUAUUUACGUCGCAGCUCCCGUAUCUCUCAACACAAAUUUCGGAAUCAAUCAGUCCUCUAUGAUCGCCUCAUCACCAAUACGGCUGAGGCUGUUCUGCAAAAGAUGGAUGACAUGCAAAAGCUGCGACGCAGACGGAACCGAGACAACGGAGACAAGUUGGUCACUAGAGGCAGAGUGAGGCAGUCUUUGAGGACCAACGUGGGCAAGGAUAUCCAGCAGCCGAACCAAGAUGACGACGACGAGGAUGACGAUGACGACGAGGAUGACGAUUUGGAAGACGAGUUGGAGGACGAGUUGUUGGGGGAGGAAGAUGACGAUGAUGACAUUGAAGAUGACGACCUUGAGGAUGCCGUGGAUGAAGAAGAAAACCAGAGACGUUAUGAAUUCAGACAGCGAAAGAACGUAGUUCUCUACCAGGCACCGCAAGAUGAACCUAGAGAACCCAGGGAGCCCCGUGUGCCAAGAAAGCGCGGCAUGUACUUUAAAGACCACUCAUCCCCAUCUAGACACGGAUUUCCCUUCAGUUCCACGGCCCCCCGGAGCCCCUACAAUCGGAGGAAAACGAGUCGGAGUAAUUCUGAGAGAAGGAGACACGCCCUCCACAGUAGUGACUCGACCUCCUCCUCAGAAGAUGAGACCUUCCAAAGGAGGAAAAGUAAGAGCAGGAGCAGGUCGGUCAACAGAUGUCUCCCUAUGAACAUUGUGAAAGAGGACCUGCUGGGAAUCCACAAAGACCGCAUGAAAAUCGGCGCGAGUCUUGCUGACGUGGACCCAAUGCAAAUUGACAAGACGGUGCACUUUGACAGUAUUGGCGGUUUGAGCAGACACAUCUCUUCCCUGAAAGAAAUGGUGGUAUUCCCUCUACUUUACCCGGAAGUCUUUGAGAGGUUCCACAUACAGCCGCCCAGGGGCUGUCUAUUUUACGGUCCCCCAGGCACCGGGAAAACCCUGGUAGCCAGAGCGCUGGCCAAUGAAUGCAGUCAGGGAGAAAGAAAGGUGUCGUUCUUUAUGAGGAAAGGCGCUGAUUGCCUCAGUAAGUGGGUCGGGGAGUCUGAGCGACAGCUACGUCUGCUGUUUGACCAGGCUUACCAAAUGCGUCCGGCUAUCAUUUUCUUUGAUGAAAUUGAUGGUUUAGCCCCAGUCAGGUCCAGCCGGCAGGACCAGAUUCACAGUUCCAUUGUGUCGACGCUGCUAGCUCUCAUGGAUGGAUUAGAUAGCAGAGGAGAGAUUGUGGUGAUCGGUGCUACCAACAGACUGGACUCCAUCGAUCCAGCUCUCAGACGCCCAGGCCGCUUUGACAGAGAGUUCCUCUUUGGCCUUCCGGACAGAGAUGCUCGACGGGACAUUUUGAAGAUCCACACGAGGCAGUGGACGCCUCAGCUCUCUGAUAAUUUUGUGGAGGAACUGGCUGAUAAAUGUGUUGGCUACUGUGGAGCAGACAUCAAGGCUAUGUGCUCAGAGGCAGCACUCUGUGCGCUACGCCGCCGCUAUCCGCAGAUUUAUUCCUCAUCAGAGAAACUUGUACUUGAUGUGAAUUCCAUCGCCAUCACAGCCAAAGACUUCAUGUCCGCCAUGUCCAAGUUGGUGCCUGCUGCGCAGAGGGCUGUGGUGUCACCAGCUAAGGCACUGAUGCCUGCAGUCCGUCCGUUGCUGAGUGCCACCCUGCAGGACAUCCUCCAUAUUGUCAGCAAAUUGUUCCCACACGCUGAGCAAGGCUUUAAAAGGAAGAGGACACAUGAUCAGUCUUUUGGCGUGUCUGAGGAGGAGCUGUGCAGUGAUGACGAGGAGCGAUCUGGUCGACAGACGCCUCAAAAAAAGACUGCUUCAAAGGGGACGCUCUGCUUUGAAAGAAGUGCGGUGAGCCAACCGACCUCAUACCGUCCCAGGCUGCUUUUAGAGGGUCGGCUUGGUUCGGGUCAAAGCUCCCAUUUGGCUCCUGCUGUUCUCCAUGCUCUGGAGAAAUUUACAGUAUACACACUGGAUAUGGCGGUGCUCUUUGGAGCCAGUGCAACUGCCCCAGAGGAGACCUGUGCACAGAUUUUUGUGGAAGCCAAGCGGACCUCUCCCAGUAUCCUUUACAUCCCCCACAUCGGACAGUGGUGGGACACAGUGGGUCCUGCCUUGAGGGCCACCUUCAUCAGUCUACUCAGCUCCAUCCCUGCCUUUGCUCCUAUACUGCUGCUGGCGACAUGCAGUCUGCAAUACUCUGAGCUCAGUAUUGAGGUUCAGGAGCUGUUUCGGGUAGAGUACGGAGAGGUUUACCAUGUCCCCGUCCCCAACAGCCGGGAACGAAGGCAUUUCUUUGAGGACCUGAUCCUCAACCAGGCCGCUAAAGCACCCGCCUCCCAAAAGAAAGCCACGCGUCACGACUUAGAGGUGCUUCCUGUUGCCCCUCCUCCACCACCACGUCAACUGGCAGAGCAGGAGGCCAGAAGACUGGCAGAACAAGAAGAAGACACCCUCAGGGAGCUGCGCCUCUUCUUGCGUGAUGUCACAAACCGUCUGUCCCAAGAUAAGCGCUUCAAGGCUUUCACAAAACCAGUGGAUUUAGAGGAGGUUCCGGAUUACGCUGCUGUGAUUAAGAGGCCUAUGGACCUGUCGACUGUGCUGUCAAAUAUUGACCUCCAUCAGUACAUAACGGUUAAAGAGUUUCUCGAAGAUGUAGAUCUCAUUUGGAAGAAUGCACUUGAAUACAACCCGGACCGGGACCCUUCAGACCGCCAGAUUAGGCACAGGGCGUGUGCACUGAAGGACACUGUGCAUGCCAUCAUUCGGCAGGAACUGGAUGAAAAUUUUGAGAAAAUAUGCGACGAGAUAAAAGAGUCACGCCUCAAAAGAGGUUGCUCCACUGCACAAUUUGCACCCUCCUUUUACCAUGUCCUCCCAAAACAGAGCAAACUUCUGACUGAGGCCAAAACGGUUGACAAGACCCCACAGAGAGAAGCAGCCAAAGCCACUGCAACUGCAACUGUGACUUCGUUGACUCCCAGUACAAGUUUCUUUACUCCUAAAAGCUCAGCCCAAAGGAAGAAACGCAGAAGGAGUCGCUGGUCAUCCGGCAUCUACUCAAAGAAGAGGUCUUCAUCAUCUUCCCACAUCUCCAAAGAGUACAUCCAGUUUGCUUCUGAGGAUGAAUCCGCAGAUGAAGAAACCGAGCUGGAGAAAGGAACACUUACAGAGGAAGAUGAAGAUAAGGAGGUGGUGGCUGUGAUUGAAGCGACUAUGAAGGACGGUGUUCUCUGUGAAAGUGACAAAGCGACAAGUGAGGACCAGACACAAAAUAAAACGGUGGACAAAGAUCUCACAGAUGGAGAAACCACUGCAUUAAAUGCAAUGAAGGACGGACAGAAUAAGACCGGCAACCAAGGAAAUAAACCGGGACAAUCAAACACAGAUUGCGGUCAAACAUGCAGCAAAAACCUCCCACCGGUUUUUACACAGGAAAAUAAAAGCAAGGGCACGACUCAGGAGCCUGAACCAAUGGAGGUGGCCACCACGGACAUAGAGCACUCUGUCGCAGAGAGAAGUAUGAGACGCACAACUCGGGGCUCAAAGAACACUUUUCAGCAGCAGCAGUUUGACAUGGAAAAACCUCAGCAGAUGCCGGCUCAUGAAAAACCGUCAUUGGUGGUGGACAGGGAUAAAUUAAAGGAACUUCUGGACAAUGUUGUGACUAAAACCGAUGGCUAUGAAGUACACAAGUUGGAGAAACUCUACGCUCUCCUGUGCCAAAGUAUCUACAGGCACAGGCAGGAACACCACAAAGCUGCACUAAUCAGGGAGUUGGAGCAAGAGAUCAACGACUUCUGUUGACAUUUCUACAAAGAAUGUGACAUUUUUUUAAAAUAAUUCUGCAUAUAAUUCUUAAAGGAUCGUGGUCAGUAUUCUUACAGCUGUGUAAACAUGUAACCACCGGUCCCAUAUUCAUAUAAAUCUGUUUACCUAUGACUAGAAUCUUUGUAUUACCACUGGUUUAUAUUUAAAUAAAUGUAUUCUUCUUUAUACAUAA